CGCGCGUAUUUGGAGUUGUGGACAGUGUGUGGCGGGAGACACUCUGGAGACACUCUGGAAACAUUCGGGAGACAUUCGGAAGACACUCUGCGGACAAACAAGAACUGUGUGAAAACAGCGCCCAAAGCAGUUGGAGCGCAAAUCUGACUCGCAGCAGUGAUAGCGCCUGGACAGAGCCGCUGGUCCCGGGGAUGGAGGAGGACUUCGGAGUGUACGCGGUGUUUGGAGUGAGCGGACCUCCGCAGAGACUCAUCUGCGCUGGUGGCUCCUCCAGAGUGAGCGUGGCAGUGCCGGCGUGUGUCCAGCAGGUGGUGCUGUUCAGCAGUGGCCCGUGGGGGGAGCGGCUCUGCGUGAACGCGGUGCUGGAGGAUGCUGCGCUGGUCCCCAUCACCAUCGGCAAACUCACGCCCUACAACAAGUGUCUGUCGUGGGAGCAGUGGGAGGAGGACUCGUGGACAGACUCGGUCACACUCAGACUGUCUGUGGACGGGGCAGCUCUGGGUAAACCCCACUGGUCAGAGCCAGAGCAGGUCCUCACUGUGAAGGAGUACACGCCCAAGGUCACAGAAGCGCCCCCAGCAUCCCAGAACAUGAGCACUAAGAGGAAGAGAGACCUAGACCAGGAGGGGGGCAGUGGGGCCGGAGAUGAGAACAUCUGCCCCAACACAGUGACCCCAGUGAGGAGGGCCCGGGGCCAGCCCAAAGAAGCACUCAAGCUGUUCACCAACACACCUCACGACGGCAGUGAAGCACAACAAGGUGCUGUUAAAACACCUCCUCCCAAUCCAUCCAGAACCAAGAGCCAUCAGACCAGGACCCCCACACAGCCUGCCUCUCUGGUCAGACCCUCCGGUCGCUGGGGGCACACUCUGAGCCCCAUUGACCCACACACAGCCAUCCUGAUUGGGGGGCAGGGGACCAGGAUGCACUUCUGUAAGGACCCCAUGUGGAAGCUGUGCACUGAGGACAGGAGCUGGGGGCCCGCAGAGACGCUGGCAGCGGGCCCCACCCCUGAGACCCGGAUGGGACACACUGCCGUCUACGACCCUGACUCUAGCCGCAUCUUUGUAUUUGGAGGCUCCAAGAACAAAACCUGGUUCAACGACAUGCACAUCCUGGACACGCGCAGCUGGAGGUGGACCAUGGUGGAGGCUCAGGGGAAGGUGCCUCCUCUGGCCUACCACAGCUGCACCCUGUUCAGAGGAGAGCUGUGGGUGCUGGGGGGGGUGUUCCCCAGGCCCCACCCACAGCCCGACGGGUGCAGUGAUGCCCUCUACAUCUUUGACCCUCAGCUGUCCAUCUGGUACCAGCCCAUCGUCACCGGAGACAAGCCCGCCCCCCGCUCUGGACACUCGGCGUGCCUGAUGCAGCAGAGGAGUCUGUUUGUGUUUGGAGGCUGGGACACUCCGCUCUGCUUCAACGACAUGUACAUGUUAGACCUGGGUCUGAUGGAGUUCUCGGUGGUCAGCACACGUGGCACAGCCCCGUCUCCGCGCAGUUGGCAUGGAAGCGCUAUGCUCUCAAACUCCAAGUUCCUGAUCCACGGAGGUUACAAUGGAAACCACGCGCUCAGUGAUGCCUUCAUCUUUGACACUGACACAAACACCUGGACAGAGGUGGCCCUUCCAGAGCUGCGCCUCCCCAGAGCCGGGCACUCCAUCAUCACCAUGGAAACCACCCGCUGCACUCAGGACCAGGACCAAGACCCGUCGCAGGAGGCCAAGGCUCUUCUGGUGUUUGGGGGCGGGGACAAUGAGGGCACGUUUUACAGUGACCUGACAACAGUGGGCCUGGACAGACUGCUCGCCGCACUUUGAUGCUAGCACAUACUAACGCAUGCUACAGUUACUAUUUAUAUUCUUUUAAAUUGUGUUUUUGGAUUUGUGGAGAUUUAUUUUAUGAUGCAGAUUUUAUAAGAAUUUAUUGUUCAACAUGUUUUAGUGUGCCGGUAAUAUCCAAAACUUGCGCUUGUUUUGCAAAAGUUCUACAUACUUUAAUAUGUAAUGUUUAGCAAAUAUUUUCAUAGAUGUGAUGGUCACAUGUGUAAAUUUGUAAAAGCCAUAGAUUUGUCAAAUCAGGAUUUUGUUGUCAAGAGAAACAUUUUUUAAAUCAUAGAAUUGCUUGAAAUGUUCUUACUCAACAGCUGUUGAACUAUUCUUGACUCAAUAAACGUGUAGAUUUUCA